AUGGCGGCGCCUUACAGCAGACUGCUUGAUCUGGUCAAGGUCCAAUGUCGGAUCUUCUCGCUAAACUUCAACCCCGAAAGAGCGCGAUUGGGAAACAAAAUUCUACGACAGCGCCUGCGUGGCCCGGCGCUGGCAGCAUGGUACCCGAGAAAGACGGUCUCGUUUCGUGAUUUGCAGGACACAUACAGCCGCCAAGGUCUAACAAUGUUCGAUGAGGCUGAGGAUGAUCGUGAGGAAGCAAUUCAAAUUGCGAAGUUACGAGGGAAGGGUCGACCCAAAAAGAAAAGAACGGCUGCAGAAUCGCGAUCAGCAAAAAAGAAGAAAUAG